AUGGCACCAGACUACGACGCACUCUCCGACGGCUCUGAUCUGACCGGCCAGGAUUCCGCAUCCUUCCAUCAUUCCGACCAAGAAGACGAAGAAGCUAUGCCCUCUGCUCCUCACACACCUUCCAAGAAGCGUCGUCGCUUAGUCCGCGCUGUGCAGGAUGAGGAUGAUGAAGAGGACGAUGAUGAGGUAGCUGAUCAACUUGACGAGGAUGACGAGGAUGAUGACGAUGUGGUGGUGGACGAAGAUGCUGAUGAGUUGGAAGAGGAUGAUGACGACUAUGAUGCCCCAUCAUCUUCUCGCAAGGCUGGUGGAAGCGCGGCUGGUCGUAGAACAACAACACGGGCAGCUGCUACGCCGAAGAGAUCUGCUAGAGCCUCAACUCGUACCGCCGCUGCUUCUGCUGCUGCUGCUGCUGCUGCUGCUACACCUCCGACGACGAGUGCGAAAAAGUCGUUACGAGUCAAGCUCACGCGAACGCCCAACUCUGCGGCUACUGCCGCCGCUAAAGAAGGAUCCUCUUCGCCCGCCCCCGCUGCAGCUGGAAGAGGUCGACCCUCACGGGCAGCAGCGGCCGGCGCACCGACUCCACCUGGACGCAAACCCAAAGACGCAACCAAAGUCAAAUGGAAGCCUCGUGCAAAAGGCAAACAUUCCGACUCCGAGGACGACGAAAUCGAGGCCCUUCGUACUGCUUCAGAAGACGAUCAUGUCGACCCAUACAACCUCGACCCAUCUCGUGCUGACACAGUCGAUCCUGACGCUGCCUCCGACUCAGCCGGCUCUGACUCUGAACCGGACGAAGCGACGGCAGCCGAGAUGCAAGCUAUCAUCGGCAAGACAGCCCGUCAGUUAGCUCGCGAAGGUGGAGUGGAAUCUGAACAUAUGGAAUUACCCAUGUUCGAUCCUAACCGCAAAAAGAAGUUGACCGAGAAUGAGAUCGCAUUGCGAAGAUCAGAGACGGCGAGAAAGAGGAAGAAUCAGGUGGAGAAGAAGUUGGAAGAUGACAAGGUCGAAACGAUCAAUCGGUUGCUAAAGAAACAGGUGGGGAGGAGUAGGAACAAGCUUCCGCGUGCAGGAAGCGCUGAGGACUCGGAUGAGGAAGCUGAACAAGCCAAGAAGAGGGGAAGGGAAGAGUUGUCGAGGAAGGCGCUGAAAGAGAUGCCUGCUCCGUUUUAUAGGUCUAUUGAUAGAGCGGAUGGGACUAAAGUCUUGGCUGUUCCUACUGGGCCGCCGUUGGUGGAAGAGGUUUGGGGAAGUAACUAUGUGAAAGUGAACCAAGCGCUGAUUCAGGAAUUGGAUACGCCAGUAAAGACAGAAGGUUUGAGCGAGAAGGCAAAGUUUUUGGAGGAGAGAGCGAGGAAGCGUUUGAAACAACAGGGACAAGUGUGGAAGGAGGAGCACGACUUGGAGCAGCUUUGGGGUCAAGAAGGGCUAUACGAGUACAAGUUGCGAACCGCUUUGGGUCAGUCAAGAAAGGAUUGGAUCGGGUCAAGACGGCCACCGACCCCAGAGAAGGAGCAAGAAGCUGAAGCUGAAGAGCAGGAAGAAGACGCGGAAGAAGAAAAGGAUGCCAAUGAUGCAGCAGAUGAUGCUGAGGAGAACAAGCAAGAGGAAGGCGGCGAUGAUGCCGAGGCAGAGUAG